AUGCUGCCCCUUCGAGCUACCCCGGUGCGCAAGGCUCCGGUUAUAGUCCUCGAAGAGGCGAACCAAGCACAUACCAUGGAAACAACGGCAUCCACGUAUUCGGAGGUAGAAGUCUCGCCGGCGCCCGUUACUUGGGGAAGCGAAUCCGCCUCUGCUUCGCCCUCGCCGGUCUCUGGCGCAAAGCAUCAUCGCGUUCACCCGAUCCGCAAGACGUUUGCUCGCUCGGUGGCGCCGACGACGAAGGACGCGAAGCAUUCCUCGCAGGCGAACAAUACCGCCUCUUCCCCUGCCUCAGGUACGCAGCUCCUCAGCACAUCGACUAGAGUGUCCUCUCCACCGCCUGCGUCACCUUCUCCGCUUCGCGGCAUUAUAGACUUUUACCUCGGCUCCUCUCCGUCACCGCACCGACCUGCGCCGUAUGCGGGUGGCGGCCCGAGAAAAAGCGAGCAAGCGGAGCUGAAAAGCGCGGCUGACACCCGCGCAGGCCUGGAGUCCCCCUCGCUGUCGUCCUCUGAGGUAUCAGAGAUUUUUUCUCGCAGCCAGGCUCCGGCGCGUUCGUACAUCGAGGAUUUGCUGGCCAUGACAGAUGAGGACGGCAACGGUGCGUUGCCACAAGUGGAGACCGAACCGGCCAUGUGCGACAGCGGCGGCGUAGGACAUGAUUCCACCUCUCCUUACCCGCGCGUAGUCGGCGUGGCUCUCGACAGCUCGCCGGUCGUGCCAGAGAUGUGGGAAGAAACGAGCUCAUCUGCGUCUACCUCUUCCACCGGCGUCUCGGACAGGCUUGAGGAGGCGGAGGCGUCGCCGCAGCGGCACCGCAGUGCGUCCGUCGCGCGCAUCCACUUCAGCUGCGCUUCGCCGACCUCUCCGCUGCCGGCUCAGCUGACCGCCUCCCCUAUGAAAUGGAAGCGGAGCGUGGAAGACUCGCCUCCGUCACAGGGGGGCGCUUCCCACGUCCCCCAACGGCCUGCGGCUAUGAUGCAAGAGAAGCAUGCACCAUCACCGAUGGCGGACACGACGGGGUUGUCUGCAACGAUGUUUGACAAGGAAUCCAGAGUCGGCCUCAACCGGCACAGCCGCACCGGAGAUUUUCAUCACGGCGAGGCGGUGGAGAGAGUUUUGCGCUUCCCACCCUAUUCGACACAGGGGGAGGUCGCUCACAUCGACCACGUGGAUAAUGAGAAGGAUGACAAGGGUGCAAAGAUAGCCUUCGCCCCUUUGCAAGCUGCGCCCGUGGUCUCAGAUGGCGUCGCUGGCCAUUGCAGUGGACAGGGCCGAGUGCAGCGGUGGCCACUCGUAGCGCCGCCUCUCUCUUCGAGGCGACCCAGUCGUUUUCCGGCGUCACCGCUCGUUGACGCAGAGACGCACGUGACGAUACCGUCUUUUGGUAGCAGUGAAGCAAGCGUUCGCCGCGGCACUUGGCUUGACAGCCUUGGAGGGGGCCUAGAUGCUGCCCCUCGAGCGAAACGAACGGACAGCGAUUCGCCUGCAGUGCGCCGCUUUCUGGACGGCAGCACGCCUUCUUUUCCCAUGGAUCGGUGGAAUGUGGAACCUCCGCUGCCGCGGCGCGUCGAUAAACAGGUGGCUACCAGUGAGCCUCACCAGCCAUCAAGUGGACCGGUGAAGAAGCCGAGCGUGCGGGCCCUUCUUGCUAGACUUUAUCCCUUCCCGUCCACGUCGACGCGCCCUUGCACGGGUUCCAGCAACGUUUCUCAUGAAAGGCGAUGUUCCUCCAAGAUGCCCCAACGAACGGCGGACGCGCCACCGCCUCGGUGGAACGCGUCCACCAAAGUUCACUCCGACCCACUCACAGGGAGCAUUGAGCUGGCGCAUGCGGGCGAACGCCACUCAAGCCUCCAGCACGGCAGCCGAAACGGGAGCAGGGACGACUAUGUGAGCGAGCGGCCCGUUUCCUCACAUUGUAGUCGCAGCAGAUCUGCCCCAGCACGGACGCCACUGCACACGCGCACCUCGCUCUUGCGGCUGGAAGCGACGAAAGCGCGCAAAGCCGCCGACGCAGCGCUUCAUGACGAAAUGGCGUCGCCAUCAUUUCAUCCAACCGUCGCCCCGCAUAGUGCGCGCAUCUGCCGAGACAAACUUCGAGAGCUGAAGAGCUCUCACGGCGCCGGUAUUGCUGCUGGUGCUCCGGCAGCGGCAACGCCAGGGUCUCAGCUGGAACAGGCAUCGCUAACAGAGAACUCUAAAAGCGAAGCCAAAGCGUGGCAAGGCACCUCUGGUCAUGGUAUCGUGGGCGACGCUCCAGCAGUGGCAGACGUCUCCGUGUCAAGCUCAGACGAGGUCGAUGCAGUGGCGAAAGCAAGGGCGACGCGUUCCCCAUGCCCCUUAGUGACAGCUUUACCCGCCAGACAGCCCCCUCCGCCUCAGGUCGUGGAGCUGUGGGGAACGAGCUCUAACCACGGUGCACGUAUGUACGCAAACGCAGCUGCGCUACGAGAACGUCGACAGUCAACGCAGCAUCGUCAGCUACGAGAGAGGAAACCAGAAGAGCAGCCGCCUAUGCCGAUGCACCCUCGCCGUGGCGCCUCAUCUUGUGCCACGCGGCAGCCGACAGAGGAUGUAGGCUGCCGGAAGCCACCUUGUCUGCAAGUCUCCGCAGCCACAGAUCGCAUUAACACGUCGACACAGUGCAAUCUGUUCCCCAGUGAGCGCACGGCGGGUUCUGCGAUAACGGCUGCUCCUGCUUUUGAUUUGCAGCUGGGUGCCACGCCCGUCUCCGUUGGCGCAGAGCACGCGCCACUGCUUGCCGGUUUGCCGAUGGCAACACACACAGCGCUUCAGCGCGUGGACCUGUACAGCACAACGCCAACGGGCGCACUAGAGACCCCAAUCACCUCGUCGGAGAGGCAGCAGCGCGUGGAGGACCGGCUACUAGAACUCGAAACGGACCGGCGACGUCGACUGGCAAUGAUGCGCCAGCUCGCAAGUACGCGCGACUCGGUGGCCAGCGAACCCUUUUUCAAACCGUUCACGGGUCGUUGA